AUGUCAGCCAUAUACAAACUCUCGAUCCAGGGGAUUCGAUCGUUUGACUCCAACGAACGAGAAACGAUCGAGUUCGGCAAACCUCUGACCCUGAUAGUAGGAACCAACGGAUCGGGUAAAACGACAAUUAUUGAAUGCCUUAAAUAUGCCACGACUGGGGAUCUGCCCCCUAACAGCAAGGGAGGCGCUUUCGUGCACGAUCCUAAAAUUACGGGCGAAAAGGACGUUCGAGCGCAAGUGAAGCUGGCCUUCACUAGUGCAAACGACGUAAACAUGAUCGUCACUAGAAAUAUCCAGCUGCUUGUUAAGAAGACUACAAACACUUUCAAGACCCUUGAGGGUCAAUUGGUGGCCAUCAAUAGAGGCGAACGCACCACCUUGAGCAGCAGGGCAGCAGAACUCGACACCCAGGUGCCCUUGUAUAUGGGUGUUCCCAGUGCAAUUCUCGACUAUGUGGUGUUCUGCCACCAAGAAGACAGCUUGUGGCCGCUGAGCGAGCCGGCAAACCUAAAGAAAAGAUUCGACGAGAUUUUCCAGGCUAUGAAAUACACCAAGGCGCUCGACAAUUUGAAAACCAUCAAAAAAGACAUGUCUAUUGACAUCAAGCUACUGCGACAGUCUGUAGAGCACUUGAAAGUCGACCGAGAUCGCAGUCGUUCGACUAAAAUUAACAUUUCAACGCUGGAGCAGAAAAUAGAGGAAUACCAUGCACAGGCGCGCGUAACAGAUAAACAGCUCAAUGAAAUUACAGAACAAUCCGACAAGCUCUUCAAAUCUAAUCAAGAGUUUCAGCAGGUUUUGAGUCAGAUGGACGGUCUAAAACACAAUCAGCAAUCGUUACAGGAGCAGAUUUCACGUUUGGAAUCCGCAAGUGAGCCGAUAAAUAUGCCAUUGACGGAACUCAAAAGUUUGAUAGACAAUUUCUCUACUGCACUGGAGGAGAAAGCUCAGCACAUUGAAAGUUUGAAACAUAAAAUUCAAAGUAGGCGGCGUGCACUAGAAGAGGCUCGCGAUAUUCACAAUGCUCUUAUAUCCAAGCGAGGCGGUCUGGAGACUAGAAAAGCCAAUUAUAUCAACUCCAGAAAACAAUCGACAUCUUUAAUCCAAAAGCUUCGCGAGGAUCAUAUCAUUCAAAGUCAUGAUGCAGCGUCAGAGCUAGACGAGCUUGUACAGACGGCUGAGAAUACGGUGUCGUCGAUUUGUGCACAAAACGAGCUGGUGAAAGAAGCGCUCUGGAAAGAGCUGUCGGAAUUAGAAAACUCCCAAGCGAAAGAAGAGCAGCAUUUGAUCUACUGCCAGAAUGACAAAGAGAAACUGCAGAAUGAGCUGGACUCGCUGAAAUCUAAGUAUGGAAAAAUGUCCAGCUUUGAAAAUGAAUUGAGUAAGGAGAGGGAAAAUGUUGCUCACUAUGAGUCCCGCAUCAACGGGAAAGAUGGCGAGACCAUUAUUAAUGCUUUAGCCGAUCAGAUUAAAGAAAAGCACGCCAAAAUUUUGAUUUUAGAAGACGAUCUCGCAAGAAACCAGCGUGAGCUUCUCAAGCUAAAUGAGCAAGCAGAAUUAAACGCCAGGUUCUCUCUGCUGAAAAAGAAUUUGACGAAUAAGCGGGACGAGCUCGCCAAGUUGUUCAAAGACCUGGCAGAAAACCUUCUUGCGCAGCGAUGGAAGCUCGACUCGGAUUCGGAUCUUGAUCUUGAGUUCAGAAGCCAAUACGUCAAGAUUCAGAAGGAACUAGCCGCAGCAACUAAAGAGAAUAAUGAUCUUCUCAAAAGUCUGGCGCAGAAAAAAUUCGUCUGUACAACCUCCCGAACAAAAUUGAACGAAACUGAUCAAAAAAUCAUCGAUUUGAAUCAUAAAAUAAAGGAAAGUCUACCCGAAGACUGUUAUCUAGAUGAUUACGGCGAUCUUGUACGUGAAGCAGAAGAGUCUUACAAAAUCGCAGUGGAAAAUCUCAAGAUGCAUCGAACGACGCUAGAAUUUAAUCUCAAAGCCCUUGAAGUCGCAAAGACCAGCAACUGCUGUUACCUAUGUCAGAGAAAAUUCAACGAUCAAACCGAACAAAGCUCAUUAUUGGCUGAACUUCAAGCCAGAACGAACACACAGUAUGAAGAGACGUUGAGAACAGUUAUGUCGGAGGAAAAAGAAUAUUUGGACUCUCUAAGAGGACUGGAGACUGAGUUUUCGGUUUUAAAGUCCUUGACUGAGAGUAAGACUUCGUUGAAAUCGCAGCUUGAGGAAGCCACUUCAAGCACAGCUGCAGAAGAGUCAGAGCUUGUUUCCAGCGAAAAUCGUCUUCGUGAGCUUGAAAAGGAAGUUGGGGAGUGCGAAACAUCCAUGCGUCCUAUCGUCGAAAGUAUCAUACGAUUGAGAAGAGAGGUAUCAGGUAUUGAUGGAGAGUUCCAAGAUGUAUCUAAUGAGCUGAGUGUGCAAAACGGUGAGGGAAAAAGUUCAAAGACAAUGGAAGACCUCCAGGUCAAACAAAAGCAAAUACAAGAUCUACUCAGAGAGUCUAGAAGGGAGGCAAUUGAGCUGCAAGAGGAAAAGGAAUCCAAAACCCGAGAGCUCAACAAUUGGCUAAGUCUGAUCAAAGAAAAAAAAUACAAAGUCAACGAUCUUGAGAGGCAACUGAACGAAAAGGAAAACGUUUCCUUUUCGAUUCAAGAACAUGAGAAGUCGAUAAACCAGGUCGAGACGAUUAUUAGGUCGGUAUCAUCUUCUCUCGAAAACCUUUCCGCCAAACGUACUACCCUCGAGGUAAAAAAGAAUGCGAAGGAAAAUGAAGCUGCGCUUCAAGAGACAGCUGAGAAUAAAAAAUUGGUAUUUUUGAAGGACAGACGCGAUACUUUAAUGCGACUCAAGUUUGAUUCCGACGAAUUCGAGCGCACUUUUGCUUCGCAAUUGGAAAGCUCGGAAAACGACAUCAAAGCCGGUAGCGAGAGAAUUCAGACUCUCUCAGAUGAAGUUGACGUACUCACCAACCAAUUGGCAGCUGAGAAUCGUAAACUACAUGAUUCUUCAAAUGAGCGGAAAAACAUAAAGAUGAAUAUUGACCUCAUAGAUCUUCGAUCUAAUUUGGAAAAGAUCGAUCACGAACUUAAGAAUCUCCACAUCCAGAAUGCGGAAGCACAGCGAGAUAAGUAUCAACAUGAGUCAGCUCGUCUCAGGAAUCUUUUCGAAAAACUUUCGUCCGAUAAUGCGGGAAGAAUGGGCGAAAUCAAACAGCUUCAGAACCAGAUUCAAUCAUUGUUUGCACAACUCAAUAAUGACUAUCAUGAUGUUGACAACACAUACCAAAAAGAGUGGGUUAAAUUGCAAACUAAGACUCUAGUCACUGAUGACAUUGACAUUUAUUCAAAAGCGUUAGAUAGCGCUAUCAUGAAGUACCACUCGUUGAAAAUGCAGGACAUUAACAGAAUCAUUGACGAACUUUGGAAGCGCACCUACAGCGGGACAGAUGUGGAUAGUAUAAAAAUAAAAUCAGAUGAGGUCACGAACUCCACGAGAGGAAAGUCUUAUAACUACCGUGUUGCGAUGUACAAACAAGAUGCUGAGCUGGACAUGCGUGGGAGAUGCUCUGCAGGGCAGAAAGUUUUAGCUUCGAUUAUAAUUCGGCUUGCCCUGUCAGAGACUUUUGGGGUAAAUUGUGGUGUCAUUGCUCUUGACGAGCCCACUACGAACUUGGAUGAAGAAAACAUCGAGAGUCUGGCAAGAUCAUUGAGUAACAUUAUCGAAUUUCGCCGGCACCAAAAGAAUUUUCAGCUCAUUGUCAUUACUCAUGACGAAAAGUUUUUGCGCUAUAUGGGUGCUGCUGAUUUUGCAGACCAUUUCUACAAAGUGAAGCGAGAUGAUAGGCAGAAAUCUCAAAUCGAGUGGGUGGACAUCAACAAAGUUAUAAGCUGA